AUGGAUCGCCAUUAUCUCAUUGAGAGAGCACCCCCGGAUUUUGUUGACGUAUCUAAUUUUGUCGCUGUUGGCACUUCCGAACGUGAACAGUUGGGAAAAGCUUAUAUUAUCCGUAAAAAUGGUCUUCAACUACAGAACUAUUUGCUAUUGCAUUUUGCAGAUCUUUGCUUCAUCUGGAGGCAGGCCAUUAUCGUUAUCAGACCUGCAUUUUCUGAUCGCCACAAUCCUUUCUUCACGGAAAUGGCUACCGCUCCAAACAACAUAAUUGAGAAUUUAGGCCAUGGUUUACUGUUUGAUCAAAGUGGUUUGCGUCUUGCGCGUAAGUCUGCAGUUCGAGUGAAUUGCUCCAUCGAAGAAUUGCCAAAGACAAGACCCUCUGUACAGCUUAUAAACAUUCACAAAAUACGUGAUACAUACAUAUAUGCAAAUAACCUUACACUUGAUAAAGACGACCCUCUCUUUAAUCCCCCCAAACCAUUUUUUCAUUUUAAAGAAAACAAUCCUUUUUAUGAUGAGACGCCUGAUAAGACG